AACUAUCCGAGUUGGGCGGGAAAGUGAAAGUAGACACAUGCUGUCUCUUUAACGACUACUUAUCUGUAGGGAGAAUAAUUUUCUACAUGACUACUACUCUGACAAGGACAUCAAUCAAACUUCUACCCAUUACUGAAGUGCUGGUCAAGUCUGCCUGCUUGAGGACAAGUCCUUCUUCUAGCCACCUGCUCUACAAGAGGAGAAAACCAAAUAAUAGACAUAUCCAUUUAUUUACAGUUACUUUAUCCGACAGCCAAUCCCCCAGAAUGAAUAUGGAUGCAAAGCCACAAAUCAUCUUGGUAACUGGAAACCAGAAAAAGCUCGAGGAAUUCAACGAAAUUUUGGGAAAAGAUUUUAAAUAUAAGGUCACCAGUAAGGAUAUAGAUCUGCCGGAGUAUCAAGGAGAUCCGGAGGAGGUAGCACGGUCCAAGUGUCGUCUGGCAGCCGAGCAUGUCCAAGGUCCUGUGCUGAUUGAGGACACAAGUCUAUGCUUUAACGCCCUAGGGGGCAUGCCUGGCCCCUACAUCAAGUGGUUCCUGAAAAGUGUAGGACCAGAAGGUUUAUACAAGAUGCUAGCAGGAUUUGAAGACAAGACGGCCUGCGCUAUGUGUACAUUUGCCUACAGUGAUGGAAAAAAGGACUCCGAGAUUAAACUGUUUGUUGGCAAAACUGAAGGGUCAAUCGUUGACCCGCGAGGUCCACGGGACUUCGGAUGGGACCCAUGUUUCCAGCCUACUGGUUUCAAAGAGACAUAUGCCGAGAUGCCCAAAUCUACCAAGAAUACUAUAUCUCAUAGAUAUCGAGCUGUAGACAAAUUCAGAUCUCACUUCAUGGGAAAAUGAUGACAUGUAUACACAAGUGAUUCAUUUUUGAAAAAUUUUAUGUCCGAUUUAAAAGUGUUAAUCUUGGUCAUUCCGUCAUAAUUUUGUUUCCACUCAUUUAUUCACAGACACCGACUGAUAUUGAGUUGUAAUUUGGUAUGUAGUUGUAUAAAAUGCAGGUCAAGUGCUGAUUUGGUUAUGGUCAGUUUUUUGGGGUUUUUUUCCCUUCUUCUUUUUGUUUGCAUUUUACUUCAAGAGUUUUAAUUAAAAUUUUCACAAAAAAUGGUAUUACCUAAAUUUGAGAGCCUUGGCUAACACCAGUAGGAAUUUUUUUUCAAUCAAGGGAAAAAAGUACAUGUAUACCAAAAUUAAAAUUUCUUGUUUACGAUACAUUGUUCCAGUCCUACCUUAUUUUGUGUCAGUCUGUACUUGUUUUAAAAAGUUAUGUGUACACAUCCAAACUUUUCAUUGAAAACCGAAGCAUUCUUGCCACUCUGACACAUCUUAGUUUAAUCAAUUGAUAUGGUAUUCUCAACAAUAACCUCAUUGCUAGAGACCCACGGUUGAUUGCACUAUGCUACACUUAUCACCUACGUGGGUUUCAGACGAAGCAAUAACCUUAGCAACAGCUUUAUGCUGUACUUGCAGAAUUCGUCACUAAAUAAAAUGUCAUCUCAUUAACAUAUUGCUAAAGAUCAUUAAAGUGUUGAGUGCCGACACUUGACAUGUUACUUUAUAAAGUUUAUUAAAAUCAGUGACCUUGACCCAAUUUUAGGUCACAAAGGUCAAAUAUGUUAUUUUAUUAUGUUAUUUUAUGGUUUACUGGGACGAAGUUUUAUCCAGUUUGGACAGUUAAAUGACCUUGAUCCGUUUUCUUGAAUCACAGGGGUCAAAUGUGUUAAAGUUUAGAAAAGUUCUUUAAUAUGACAAUUUAAAUAUUCUGGAGAAACAAGUGUCUUCGUUGUAGCCUACCUGCUAGUGUAAAGGCUACUAUGAAUUUGUCUGAAUUAAGGACAUCAGAGGACUAGAUUCGGGUCAGUCCCCAAAAUGGAACACUUUUCAUAUGCCCAAUGCAAAAUUUUUAUUUUGAAGUACAGUUAAAUGUAAAUGUUUUUCAUGGAAAUACACUUGUAAGCAAUCGAAUAAAGUUGUGUGCCUA